CAAUAAGUCCGUUGCUACACCCGUACCAAAGCUCGUCUAUCUGACUGCCGGUCCGAUCCCGGACUUCCAAUACAAUAUAAAUACAAUAUAACUCAAGGGGAGAGGGAACCUUCCGCCCUUCCCACGCCACCAGGGCCUCGGCCCCUUCCCCCGUCACAUCAAACGACCGGAUAUGCCGCCCCCGCAAGCAACAUGCGACAUCGACACUCGAUCUGUGGACACUGUGUUUAUUAUUCUUCUCUCCGCUCCGUCAAACUAUUUUAAAGCAUGUGAGAAAACGUACACACAUACUAAGCCGUACUAUAAGUAUAUGACAAUAAGUCCUCCAGCACUACUCGCUCCAUGGCUACCUACCCCUCGUGUGUCAUUAGCGGGGCAGGAGCAGUGCCGACACCCACACAGCGGCUGCAGGUGGAGGAGGCGCCAACUAACGGUCUGCGCGCGUCUGCACAACCCACGAUCGGCCGUCAGUUCUGGGAUUUCAAGCAGAAUCUUCACUGGCUUCCAGCCUGACGCUGUCUUCCACCAGGACUCCAGCUGCGGAGAGGUAGACGGUGACGUGUGAGUAGAGGCCAGUGACGUGUGACGUGUGACGUGUGAGUCCCGUGCUUGCCAGCGCGUGACAGGGAAGCCAGUGUGUCACGCUAACUUUACUAAAUGCAGAAACAAAAGUAAAAAAAUGUUGUUCGGCAUCUUGAAGUUAGAGAGGAUUGGUGGAGAUUAGACCCGGGGGUAGGACAACCCGCUGCCUCGGGCGGUGAUUGUGUUCGUCUGUCAGCCUCGGGAUUGUAAGAACACAGAUUGUAUCGCAAGUUCCUGGAAUGCUGUGACAAUGCCGAACUCGGCCGCCAUGGCAUUACAGCUGCAGAACAUAUUGAAUGAGAAGAAGAAACAGUGUCGAGAAUUCACGAAGGAACUACAGGACGAAGACAGACAUGCAGGAAACUAUAGCGGCUGGUGUCCUGUCAUCUUCGAUGACAUCAUGUGCUGGGACCACGCGGCUCCUGCCAGAACCAUCUUCCGGCGUUGCCCUGACUACGUGCCGGGCUUCAAGCCGACAGAGUUUGCUGUCCGCACCUGCAUGGCUGAUGGAACUUGGGGUCGUCACCCGUCAAAGAACAAGUCCUGGACAAACUUCACGGCGUGUGUUGACGAACCGCGACAAGUGGACAUCAGCUACCACGCGGAACAAGCAGAGAGGCUCACCCUGAUGUAUACUGUUGGAUACAGCGUGUCGCUUGGAGCUCUGGUCAUCGCUGUUUUUAUCAUGUUAUACUGCAGACGGCUUCAGUGCAAGAGCAAUACGAUUCACAUCAACCUCUUCCUGGCCUUUAUCCUGAGGGCUUCUCUGGCCUUCAUCAGGGACAAGCUGUUUGUCAGUCAUCUGGGUUUGCCCCAGGAUGUCAUCUUCGUCAAUGGGUCACUGAAAUUCAUCGAGCAUGGACUGCACUGGGAAUGCCGCCUUAUCGUUGUUCUCUUCAUGUACGCCAUAAGUGCUUCUCAAACAUGGAUACUGAUGGAAGGUCUUUACUUGUACAUGCUCAUACACCGCACCAUGGUGACAGAGAGACAUGGAGUGAAGCCUUAUAUCAUACUUGGCUGGGCUCUUCCUGUCGUCUUUAUGAUACCUUGGAUCAUCGUGAAGAGAUUCUUUGAAAAUACUUUUUGCUGGAACUUGCACGAUAAUGUCGGGUACUUCUGGAUUCUGAAAGGACCCUGGAUCGCGAUCGUUAUGAUAAACUUUUUCUUUUUCCUUGAUAUAUUUCGGGUUCUUUUUAUGAGAGUUAGAAGUAACCAUCGUCACGCCGGAAAUUCAAAAUACAGAAAACUUGCAAAAUUUAUCUUGGUCUUGAUACCCCUUUUCGGCAUCAUGUACAUCAUCAUUUUCAUCGCCUUUCCUGACGGACACACAGACAACGAGUUCAACGUAGUCUACCUGUACAUCGAGAUGGGCUACAACUCGUUUCAGGGCUUUAUUUUAGCUCUUCUUUUUUGCUUCCUCAACGAAGACGUACACAGCGAGCUUCGCCGCUUGUGGCGCCGCCAUCGGACCCGACGCCAGGAAAGCACGUACCUCAAGCGCUCGAUCGCCGGAAGCACGUGGCACCCAAAGUCAGGUGACCACAGCUCCAGCGACCAUCAGGACAACACCAGGAACGGCGCCUCCACCAGAAGACACUUCACGUCCGUCAACAGCGGCAGCAUGCCGGCGGCUUUGAACUGCGCUUCUACCCACUCUGCCCCCUUCGGCGGCCAUCGACCAUUCGUGUGCAACAGACAGAGCUUGACGUCACUUCCUGGAAAUAGACACAGUUUUGUGUCACUUCCUGUCAAUAAACAAGGCAUGUCGUCUCUCACAGGUCACCCAGGUGAGAAGGGCAUGUCCGGAUGCCGAAGUGACCUCACAGAAGCGGGUGCGGGCAACACGGGUAGGGACCCACUGGACCAGACCUCGAGGGCAGAUGUCUGUCAGUAUGGCAAAGUCUUGUUUCUCGGGAGAAGCUGCGGUUCUGUCAAGCGUGACGGACGCGUCGUCAAAGGAGAAAGAGUCUCUGAAAAUGGGAAUGGAGGAGGAGGAGGUGUUCCGGCUAAAAUAGUCUUUCUGGAUUCUGAUUCCAGCGAGGAGACAAUUCCGUUGAGCACCAGUUUCGAGCUUUUGACAGGCAGACAAACAGGCGAUAAAGCUUCAGUUGGAGGGCAGUCCUAAGCUUCUGGCAUUGUGUGAUCAAUCUGUUUGUUAUGGUCCUGACUUGAAACAACAUGAAAGGAAGACUCAAGACUAUACUUGUUUAUCAUUAGGACAUUGACCCCUACAACUGGAUACGUGAGUUUCUCCCAUUAGGGUAACCAAGCCAUUUAGUUGUGAAACUAUCAUGAUGUAAUCAGAGAAAAGAGAGAGAAAGAUGUGUAAAUUUAUGGAAAUCUUGUCUUUCUGUAUGGAGGUAUAUGUGUGUAUGUGUGUGUGAGCCACUCGUGUAUGUUUUUUUCUGAAGAAGAGAAAGUGUGUAGGAACCUGAAGCAUUUAUUAUUUUAUGUCAGAGACAGGGAACAAAAACUGAAUUUUUCCCAACGAUUCUACAAUGAUUCAAAGUUUUUUUCUGUAAUUUUAAAGAACCAAUGACUGCAGCCAAUAUGCAUUCGUGCUAUUUAUGUUAUUCCACGUCUUUCUCGACAAUCGUCCAUUGUCGACUCACAUCCCUUCAUCAUGGCGCUCGCUUGUUGUGAGUUGUGCUCAGCAAGAGAUCGUCACGUGCUGACCAGACGUCACCACCACCAUCACCAGCAGCAACCACUCAUUCUGACAGCCACAGUUUUGAACAACAUCAGGUGCACAGUAAAUAUUUGUUGUAAGAAGUGUAAAUCAGUGUUCACGUAUAACAAAUCCUUUAUAUUUUGCUCUUCGCUUUCUGAUAAUCAAGGUGGCAAGAUGCUGUUAGAAGCUACACAGUGGAAGUAAGACUGCGCCUUAAAAAAUGUUUUAUGUGACUUAUGGUAGAGAACAUGCGGAUCUAUGAAAUGCAAUGUUGCAAUUUUUUGCAUUUAUUUUAGGUGUCACUUCUGCAAUGUCCCCAAAAAAACUGGUUACAGAUGCUUAGUGGUGCAAAUCUUAAGAAUGAAUGAGCUGUGAAAGUAGAAAAAAAACGGAUGGACUUUCACACAAGUGGAUAUAUUCUUUUGCAGGCAGCAUCACAACAGCAGCGUAGUUCACCACACACACACAGACACACGCAUGUGCUCUCACAAAACAGAGGAAAAUGGUUUGAGUAGACAAAAAAUCAGCAUCUUUCACUGACUGGCAUAAAACACUUAACUAUGCCGGCUCUCCUUCCCAGAGAGUAAUCGAGUGAACAACAGGCCGAGGGGUGCUUGUCCAGGGUCAUCGCAAUGCGUGAAAUGCGGAUACAUGCCAAUGGAUGGCUUGCGUGUGAUGGAGUACUGCUGUCAGGGUUCGCAACCCGCAGUGUUUUUCUGGUGAAAGUAAAGGGCGGCAAAGUACUCUGAGAGAGAUCGAACUUCAUUUUGCAGACCACUGUGUCUGAAGACUUGGCUGUCGUAGAUGAGGCUGCUGUCAUUUGUCUCUGAGAUCAUUAUGCCUUUCCAUCCUUUCUUGCACAGGUUGCUUUGUGUGUCUGCUGACAAUGCCCAGACUGCAUUUUGUUAGAAGACUACAAGAACCCCACACACACAUAAUAUAUAUGAUAUAAAUACAAGUAGUAACCAGACACAGGAAGAGGUCUCAGUCACUGGCAUGAGUGUGGUAAACCUUUAAAACUACACAGAUUGCCAUGCUGCUUUACAUAUACUCUUCUAAAUAGUUUUAUAUAUCUGUGACUUCUUCUUAGACAUUAAUGGUUUGUAUACAAGGAUCUUCCCCAUGCUUAUCUUUCUUUCACACACACACACACACAGAUUAAUACAAAAAAUAUUCAACUUGAAGAGUGAUAGUCCUUGACUUUUGUUUUAAGUUUGUCAGAAAUAAACUGAAUGAGAUGAGAAGUCUACACUACAAAAAGUAACUGCAGCAACUUCUACAAAAUUAUUUUGCGUGAAAUGCUUUUGAGCCAUUGUGUGUGCAAGUCAGCAUAACUGAUUCUCUUUAAACAUUUUAAACUACCGAUUGUACGAGUUCUUGUAUUUGCUACCAUAAAACACUUGCUACUGGUGGCUUGAGUGCUAUGUCAUGCCUUUGAACCAAUCUUUGAAGAAACACAUAAGACUCUGAAUACACAUGUGGUUUGUGUUCUGUGUACAAAAAUUACACUUUACACACUCCACACUCCGUUUGUACAAAUGUUUAUAAAGACCUUUGUCGUCCUGUGAUCUUUGUUUUCCAAAAUUAAUUAAAUGUCUGAAAAGUCCACAAUCAGACAGCUCGUUCUCUGGUACAUACCUCGACACACUACAUCCUAGUAGUUCCCUUCCUACGAGUGAAUGUCUUUUGGAAUGCAUGUAAGUGCAGCUGAUGUACAUUUCUGACUGAAGAAAUCUUUUUAUUGGCUUUGUCUAAUAAAUGGAAGUGUGCGACAGCUUCGACAAGAAACUUCUUACAUGUCACUACAGACCUACCUUGCUUGCUGUCUGCAGUCUAGAGCAGUUCCCUCUCAGCGCAAAAAGGAAAAGAAAAAGAAAGUAACAAAAAGAAAAAAAUAAGUAGUUUGCUGGUGGUAGACAAUCUGUUGAAGUACAAGCUGGAACAGGGGAAGCAAGUCUGUGGAAUGGACAGCAUCGACUUCCCAGCGGCUCUCUCGUCUGUCAAGUUAUUUCCCUUAGUGAUAUGCAAUGUCUGUGUGUUGGAGCGCGCGCCUGUUGUGUGCACAUCAAUGUAGGAAUAAUGAAUUUCUGUUUUACGGUCCAUUCUUGAAUUUAUUCUAUCACACUUUAUUGUAGAAUUUACUGUCUUCUUUGAUCGCAUUCAUUCAUUGAGUCAGUCAACCAACUGCGAAGUCAAGUUCUAUUUAUUUCUUUGUCCAUUCACUCGAUCUCUCAGUUUUUACUUUUAAGCUGUCUGGUCGUCUUCGUGUCUGCAUUUAUAAUUCACGCAUCAAUUUUUUUAAAACAUUUUACGCAUCACAGUUGCAACUUUAAAGUGCUGGCCUAUGUGUUUAUAAACAACAAUAAAAAUUACGCCUAUGACUAUUUCUUGUUGACAAACUACAGCGACAUUGUGUUCAGAGAAUCAGUUUACAGGCUGCUGCUAGUGAGUGUGUCUGUGUGAACCAGUUAGCUUCAAUCCACUCGCCAGUCAAAGGAUUACUCUCAAGUGCAACUCAUUUCAAGAAGAGAUAUGUAAGUGACAGGUGGUACAGAAGGCGCCAGUAGGAUGCUGAAUGUCUGCAAGUAUCUGGCAGAAUCCGAUCAGACCAUUCCUCAGCUGCAAUACAAGCUUUCUACAUCUACUGUCUGGAAGAGUGAAAAGCUUUUUCUAUAUUUGAACUCCCGGGGUUGAGUUCAGUACAAGAGAUAACAGAUUAUUCAAUGCUUCCCUGUAUCUGACCGACUAACCUUCUGAACUCUUGUCUCACCCAGCAGUCAAGAUGCUCAGUACCCGGCACAGAGGU